AUAGGUGGUUGUCAAAUUGUUGUAAAUCAAGACUGGGUGUUGAUAGACUUUCUGUUAUUCUUCAUACCUACACUUGUCAUGAUAAUUCUUUACAGUAAGAUUUUUCUUGUAGCUAAACAACAAGCUAUAAAAAUUGAGCACACUGGUGGCAAAGCAGAGUCAUCCUCAGAGAGUUAUAAAGCCAGAAUGGCCAAGAGAGAGAGAAAAGCAGCUAAAACCCUGGGCAUCACAGUGGUAGCAUUUCUGAUUUCAUGGUUACCGUAUACAAUUGACACGCUUGUUGAUGCCUUCAUGGGCUUCGUAACCCCUGCCUAUAUUUAUGAGAUCUGCUGUUGGGUGGCUUAUUAUAACUCAGCCGUGAACCCUCUGAUUUAUGCUUUAUUUUAUCCUUGGUUUAGGAAAGCCAUAAAGGUUAUUGUGAGUGGGGAAGUUUUGAAGCAUAGCUCCUCAACCAUUAGUUUAUUUUCAGAAUAA